UCUCAUUGGCAAUUAUACCACAUCUCCUUACAUUUUACUGGAAAAACAAAUUCAUAUCGUCUGAAAUCGGUGUUUACACUUUGAAUUCAGAGUAACCCAUGCACUUGGAAAAGUGUUAAGGCAAGAGAUGAACUAGAUAACUUCAUUUUAAAUGCGUUACAUUUCAGAAAAUUUAAAGCUUAUUUUGAUUUUGGAUUCCUUUUUAGCACACUUGGCCACAAUCAUCCUAGGGGUAUCUGGUUUAAAAAAUGUGUCCGGUAAUCCAGUAUGCCAACCAAUAUGGCUAGGAAGGCUAAAAAUAGUACAUAGGGGUCAAGAAAAAAAAAUUGUGAAUGCCGCCCAUAGUUAUGAACUCGGCUAAUUUAUCCGAUGAGGUGUCCAAGCUUCUGGACUUUAGCCAGAAGCUGGAUAUCAACCUCCUGGACAAUGUGGUUUCCUUAAUGUACACUGGCAAUGGCACUCAGCAAAAAAUGGCUCAACAAGUUUUGACAGCAUUAAAAGAACACCCUGAUGCAUGGACCAGAGUGGAUACAAUUUUAGAAUAUUCUAGUAAUCAACAGACUAAAUAUUACGCACUACAAAUCUUAGAGAAUGUUAUUAAAACACGAUGGAAGGUUCUUCCCAGAGCCCAGUGUGAAGGAAUAAAGAAAUAUAUUGUUGGUCUCAUCAUAAAAACAUCAUCAGAUAGUGCCUCACUAGAGAAGGAAAAGGUUUACUUAGGCAAACUUAAUAUGAUUCUUGUCCAAAUAUUAAAAUAUGAGUGGCCAAGAAAUUGGCCUUCUUUUAUCAGUGAUAUUGUUGGUGCUAGUAAAACGAAUGAAUCACUUUGUCAGAAUAAUCUUACUAUCAUGAAAUUGUUAAGUGAAGAAGUAUUUGACUUCAGUAGUGGUCAGAUGACACAAGCUAAGGCAAAACAUUUAAAAGACAGUAUGUGCAGUGAAUUUUCAUCAGUUUUUCAGCUGUGUCAGUUUGUUAUGGAAAAUUCCCAGAAUGCUCCAUUAGUAGGAUCAACAUUAGAAACAUUACUAAGAUUUCUUAAUUGGAUUCCCUUAGGUUAUAUUUUUGAAACAAAAUUGAUAACAACUCUAAUUUAUAAGUUCUUGUCUGUGCCAAUGUUUAGAAAUGUAACUUUAAAAUGUCUCACAGAAAUAGCUGCUGUACAAGUAUCGCAAUAUGAUGAACAGUUUAUCCAGUUAUUUACUCUUGCCAUGACACAACUCAAACAGGUUUUGCCUUUACAAACAAAUUUGAAAGAUGCCUACCAAAAGGGAACAGAUGAUGAACAGAAGUUUAUACAAAAUCUUAGUCUUUUCUUGUGUACUUUUUUAAAAGAACAUGGCAUGUUAAUAGAGAGAAAAACAGAAUUACAUGAAGAAUUAUUAGAGGCAUUACAUUAUCUCAUCCUCAUUUCUGAAGUAAAGGAUGUCGAAAUCUUCAAAAUAGUUUUAGAGUAUUGGAAUACGUUAGCUUCAGAUUUAUAUAGGGAAAGUCCAUUCACAACAUCUACAUCCCCAUUGCUAAUUGGAAAGUCUCAUCAUAAUGAAAUGCCAGCUAGAAGGCAGUUGUAUAAUCAAGUACUAUCCAGGGUAAGGAGAGUUAUGAUAUCUAGGAUGGCAAAACCUGAAGAAGUAUUGGUUGUGGAAACAGACCAAGGAGAGGUUGUCAGAGAAUUUUUAAAAGACACAGACUCUAUUAACUUAUAUAAAAAUAUGAGGGAAACAUUAGUAUAUUUGACUCAUCUUGACUACGCAGACACAGAAUCAAUAAUGACAGAAAAAUUACAUAAUCAGGUCAAUGGUACAGAAUGGUCAUGGCAAAACUUGAACACAUUAUGUUGGGCAAUAGGCUCAAUAAGUGGGGCUAUGCACGAAGAUGACGAAAAAAGAUUCUUAGUUACAGUUAUAAAGGACUUGUUAGGGUUGUGUGAACAAAAAAGAGGAAAAGACAAUAAGGCAAUAAUAGCUAGUAAUAUUAUGUAUGUGGUGGGACAGUAUCCAAGAUUCCUUCGUGCUCAUUGGAAAUUCCUGAAAACAGUAGUUAACAAAUUGUUUGAAUUCAUGCAUGAGACGCAUGAUGGUGUGCAGGAUAUGGCUUGUGAUACAUUCAUCAAAAUAGCACAAAAAUGUAGACGACAUUUUGUACAGGUCCAGGUUGGAGAAGUGAUGCCAUUCAUUGAGGAAAUAUUAAAUGGAAUUAAUACAAUUAUUUGCGAUCUUCAGCCACAACAAGUGCAUACAUUCUAUGAGGCAGUAGGUAUGAUGAUAAGUGCACAGACUGAUCAAGUAGCUCAAGAACACUUGAUAGAACGUUAUAUGUUGUUACCUAACCAAGUGUGGGAUGGUAUCAUUAACCAAGCAACACACAAUGUGGAAGUACUGAAAGAUCCUGAUGCAGUAAAACAGCUAGGAAAUAUCUUAAAGACAAAUGUCCGAGCUUGUAAAGCUUUAGGACAUCCAUAUGUUGCACAACUUGGAAGAGUCUAUUUAGAUAUGCUGAAUGUUUACAAAGUAAUGAGUGAGAACAUUAGUAGUGCAAUAGCCAGCAAUGGGGAAAGUGUAACCAAACAACCUCUCAUUAGAAGUAUGAGAACAGUAAAGAAAGAAGCAUUAAAAUUGAUCUCCGGAUGGGUUAGCAGAUCAAAUGAUCCUCAAAUGGUUGCAGUUAAUUUCAUCCCACCAUUACUAGAUGCUGUAUUGUUAGAUUACCAGAGAAAUGUUCCAGCAGCUAGAGAGCCAGAAGUCCUCAGUACAAUGGCCUCAAUUGUUAACAGAUUAGAGGGUAACAUAACUAAUGAUAUUCCUCAGAUAUUUGAUGCAGUAUUUGAAUGUACAUUAGAAAUGAUCAACAAAGAUUUUGAAGAGUUUCCAGAACACAGAACAAAUUUCUUUCUGUUGUUACAGGCAGUCAAUACACAUUGUUUCCAAGCCUUCCUAAAUAUUCCACCAGCACAAUUCAAAUUAGUGUUAGACUCUAUAAUAUGGGCAUUCAAACAUACAAUGAGGAAUGUAGCAGAUACAGGGCUUGACAUUCUCUAUCAGUUAUUACAAAAUGUGGCACAAAAGGAAGAGGCAGCUCAGAGUUUUUAUCAAACUUACUUCAAAGACAUUUUACAACAUGUUUUCUCUGUUGUAACUGAUAGUUCUCACACAGCAGGAUUAACCACACAGGCUACAAUAUUGGCAUAUAUGUUUUGUUUGGUUGAAAAUGGUAAAAUUACUGUGGCUUUGGCAGGCAGUGGUGACAAUUCACAGAAUGGUCAGCAUAUUAUGCAGUUCCUAUUAGAAUUACUCAAGCAUGCCUUUCCACAUCUAAAUGAGCCACAAAUCAAAGUGUUUAUUGAAGGACUGUUUAGUUUUGACCAAGAUAUUCCUUCUUUCAAGGAACAUCUGCGAGAUUUCUUGGUUCAGAUCAGGGAAUAUGCAGGUGAAGACAAUGCUGAUCUGUUUUUGGAAGAACGAGAAACGGCAAUCAAAAGUGCACAAGAAGAAAAACGUAAACAGCAGCUAGCUGUUCCUGGUAUCAUUGGACCACAUGAAAUCCCAGAAGAAAUGCAAGAUUGACAUUUUAUUGAUUAUUUCACCCCAUGAAAUAAUAUUUUACAUAAACAUUUACCUUUGAAACCUUCAAAUAUCCUCUUUCAACUUGUAUGCAUGCCACAUAUACAUACACUUUGAAACUAACUGUUUGAUUUACUUAUUAUAUUAUAACUUUUUACUUGAGUACACAUAUUUCUUUCUGCCCUUUUUUAUCAAGAGGUAAAUUAUUUUAUUAAUUGAGAUAUAUCAUGUUUAUCUCCUGUUGAUUUUUUUUUUGAAAGACUUCGUUCCUUUCAAAUACAUAAUAAUACUUCAUAAUGAAGUUCUAUUAUCAUUGUUCAUUUUUGUUGGUGCCAUUUUUGUGAUAUGAAAAUAUCUGUACAUCAUGGUAGUAUAUUUCCAUUUGUUUAUAUUCUAAAACAUCAGAUGUUUCAGUGCUUUCAUUGUGUAUUUAAUGGCAUGUACAUUAUAUUGUGUAAAUUUGUAAAUACAUAAAACAAGAAGUAUAUGUAUAUAAGUGUUCUUUCUACAUGUAAGGUCUGAACUGGCAAUGCCUGUGUCUCAUAAAACAUGUCACUGAUUAUCAUGCCUUCUGUAGAUGUCAUAUCAUUAGAUAAAACACUCAAAACACAUUUCAAACUGCAUGACCCAUGCAUUGUCAUUUCAAUUUGUAUUUAACCUUAUUUGAUGUUGCAGAAAUCUUGAUAUGGAAAAUUUGUCCAUUAUAAACAACUGCCAAAUUUUUAAAGUUCAUUCAAUAGUUUCUUAAAUAUCUUAAAAGAAAUUUCAUGAUAAAGUUGUUAUCAAUGGUCUGUAUUAACUAGUUAGCUAAAUAAUUAGAUAUUUGAUGAAAAUAAAUCGUUUUAAAAUAUAUUAAAUAAGCUUGAAAAAAAUCUUUACAGAUAGAAAGCUUAUUUAUCUGUCAGAUUAUAGAUUAGGUGUCAGAUUAUUAUAUGAUAAUGUACAAUUGUGUAAUCCUGUAUCAAAUGUGUGACCUUUUCCUAUGGAAAAGUCAAAGUUUUCAUAAUGUCUGAAUUCAGGUUGUAUGUGACAGUAUAAAAUUAACUUCCAUUUCAAUAUAUUUAGUCUGUAUUGUUUUCAUGCAAUUCCUAUGUUAUGCUGAAAUAAUAUUUUAUAAACAAGUUGUUCUUCAUUUAAUUUUUGGAAUCAAUGUAUCAAAAAAAAUCUUCCUUGCUAAAUGAGUAUGUUUAUGAAAUGCUUUAAACAUUUGGUAAAUAGCUGUUAAAGCAUUCAUUUUAUAAGUAUUUAAAAUGCAAUGUUUACAAAGAUUUGAACUUAUAUAUCUGUUUUGGAGGGGUUAUUUGCUUACUCAUACAUUUUGGUCUUGUUUGAAUUAUUUAGCAGAAAUCAUGUACAGUAUAAAUGUUCAAGAGUGAAAAAUCCUAGAUAAUAUUGUAUGAUGAUGCAUAUUAACCUGAAAGUUGUAAUUCACUUUAUCAUUUUAUGCAUAUAUAGUUUUUCAAGAGCAUAAGACAUUACUUUUAAAAUACCUGUUGCUGUAGGUUAUACUGUAUAUGUACUUUUUUUUCGUGUGUAGUUAAUAUUUGCGGUUUUCUAAAAAAAAAAAAAAGGUCUUUUUUGUUUGUUUAAUGAUAUGAAACAAAAUAAACAAAGAUUAUUCAAUCAUCAAAACAGUCGUCUGUUGGAUAGAGGUUAUUAUCGGAUUAAGAUUUUAGUUACACAGUAAAACUGUCAUAUUUGGCUUGGGGCAUAAUUUGUAACCUUUAUUCCUUUUUAUCCUUCACCCUUUCGCCGACGAAUCCUUGUUUACUUUUAUUCACUCUUCAGACAGCUAACGGUGUUUACUGGGAUAGGGAUACCUCUUUUUUUUCCAGCUGAAAAACAUUGCAAACAAGUUAUCUUUCUUUUUUUAUUGCCUGAAUAAAAGUGAUAAAAGUGUAAACAUGGCACUUCCAUUUGUUGAGAACCAUGUCAAAAUCAAUUGAAAUUUAUGUAUUUUGCUGGAAUUUGAAGUAAGGGAACAUUUUUAUUUUUAACCUCGUUGAAAUUUUCAAACUUAUGGGUUAAAAAUUUAUGUUUUGGGGUCCAAAAGACGAAUUUUGUGAAUUUUAUGUAUUUCAAUGCCGAAUUUUUUUUUAUUGAUACUUAAUAUGAAGUUCUUCAACUUAUAGUCAGGGAAGCUAUUGUCUCGGAAUAAUUUCUGUCAGGGCGGCUAUCAGUGAAAAGGUUAUUUGGAUUUUGUAUGGAUCACUGUUGUUGUUAUAUCAGUUUCACAGUUCAAUUGAGGUUAUGUAAUAUAAACAAGUUAAACAUGCAUGUAAAGUUGGUUAUUCCGGUGUGUAUUUAUUCAAUCAUUUUUAUAUGCAUGCAAACUGCAUUUGUAUUCACAUGUAUAUUAAUUUUUGCAAAAUUUAGGAAAAUAUUACACAGUGGAAAAAAAGUACACAUACAGAAUACCUUUUCUAAGAGAAAUGCUUGACCAUUGAAUGUUGAGUAAAAAUCUGGGGCUCUUUUAACAAAAAAUCUUAUGACAAAAUUUAUCAUAAGUUAUACUGAAAUGGUCAUGACUUACAAGUAUUUCUCGUAAGAUGUUUUGAGAAAUUAGUCGCUGUUCUUAAUGAAAACAAAUUGAAAAUAAGCCAACAAGAUGUUUUGACAGUUCACAUUAAAAAAAAAUUACAGUAGUGUAGUAAAUUCAAGAAACUAUUGUCAAGAUUUUGAAUGGUGUAUAUUUGUGAUUAUGUCCCAUGUUAUAAUUUUUGUGUCAUAUUUAUAGUACAUGUAGUCAUACACUUUGUUCAUCAUGUGUUAGUUAUCUACAUUUUCUAUUAGAUCUGUGAAAAAAACAGACAAUAAAGUAUUAAAAACCCUUUGAAA